UCUUCUUUCUCUACCGAAUAUUUUCAUUUUCUUCGUCUCCUUAUUCUACCUCUUCUUGCGGUAUUCUUUCUUGUUUGGGUUACAAAAUUGGAUCGCAGAUUCAACCCGAGAAGUCAAUUCAAUCUUUCUUCUCAAUUCUUUCUUCUCAGUCCAAUCUUUAUUUCUCACAGUCAAAUUUUCCACUAUGGCUCCAACCCCUUCUUCCAAACAAAACUACCCCACCCAGAUGAAGACUCCACAGUCCAAGCACCGUCUCAAUUUCCAUGGCCCCAAAUCAGCACUGCAAAUGCACCCUUCUCCCAACCCGAAUUGUGCUGCAAACAAGGAACCCCCUCCUGAACACCCAAUUGAAGUAGUUGCCAGAAUCCGUGACUACCCAGAUCGAAAGGAUAAGCCUUUAUCUGUUCUUCAAACCAGUUCCAACUUGAGUUCUAUCCGGGUUCGAGCUGAUUUUGGGUACCGAGAUUUCACCCUUGAUGGGGUUUCUGUGUCUGAGGAAGAGGACCUGGAUGUGUUCUAUAAAAAGUUUGUGGAGUCGAGGAUCAAUGGAGUUAAGCUUGGGGACAAGUGCACCAUCAUGAUGUAUGGACCAACCGGUUCUGGGAAGAGUCACACAAUGUUUGGGUGCUCGAAGCAGGCAGGGAUUGUGUAUAGGUCUCUUAGGGACAUUCUUGGGGAUGGGGAUAAUGCAGAUGGAGAUUCUAGGGGUGAUUCAAGAGAAGAGCAUCUCGGGUUGGGGACUUUUGUUCAAGUCACUGUUUUGGAGAUUUACAAUGAGGAGAUUUAUGAUCUGUUGUCCACCAAUGGAGGAGGUGGAGGGGGAGGAUUUGGAUUUGGCUGGCCUAAGGGGGGUAGUGCUUCAAAGGUGAAACUUGAAGUGAUGGGGAAAAAGGCCAAGAAUGCUACCUAUAUAUCUGGAAAUGAAGCAGGGAAGAUCUCAAAAGAAAUUCAGAAAGUGGAGAAGCGGAGGAUUGUUAAAAGCACACUUUGUAAUGAUAGAAGCUCCAGAAGUCACUGCAUGGUAAUCCUUGAUGUCCCAACUGUGGGAGGGCGACUAAUGCUCGUAGACAUGGCAGGAUCAGAAAAUAUUGAACAAGCUGGUCAAAUUGGAUUUGAGGCCAAAAUGCAGACUGCAAAAAUCAAUCAAGGAAAUAUAGCGCUGAAGAGAGUGGUGGAGUCCAUUGCAAAUGGUGAUUCGCAUGUACCAUUUAGGGACAGCAAACUUACCAUGCUUCUGCAGGAUUCCUUUGAAGAUGAUAAGUCAAAAAUUCUAAUGAUACUGUGUGCAAGUCCCGAUCCUAAGGAGAUACACAAGACAAUCUCUACACUUGAAUAUGGGGCAAAAGCAAAAUGCAUAGUCCGUGGUCCUCAUACUCCAGUGAAGGAUGAGGAAUCCUCUUCUGCUGUCAUUUUGGGAUCAAGAAUUGCUGCAAUGGAUGAAUUUAUCUUGAAGCUACAAAUGGAAAACAAACAAAGAGAGAAAGAGCGUAACGAAGCGCACAAAAAGCUUUUGAAGAAAGAAGAAGAAAUUGCUGCAUUAAGAAAUAAAUUGAACCAGGCAGAAGGAAAAGGAACUCCGCCAAGUGAGGAGGAAAUUAACUUGAAGGUAAAUGAACGCACUCGGCUUCUAAGACAAGAGUUGGAAAAGAAGUUGGCCGAGUGCCAAAGAAUGACCAACGAGUUUGUUGAAUUGGAGAGGAAGAGAAUGGAGGAGAGGAUACUGGAGCAGCAAGAGGAAGUUGAAACUCUGAGAAGGAGAUUAGAAGAAAUUGAGUUGCAGCUAUCUUGUUCAAAGCAAGGGGGGAAUUGUGAGGAAAACGAGUCAAAAGAUAUGGAAUCAAGUGGGUUUAUGAGAAGGCUAUUGCGUGUUUACAAAAGUGAGGAGGAUCCUGGAAUGGUGAAGUCAAUGGAUUUGGACAUGGAUGACCAAGAACCCCUUGGCAGUGAAGUGAACAUCGUUGGAGGAGUUAUGUGUAGGACUGAUUACAAUGUUAAGCAAGACUUUUCAAACCUACCUUGUUCAAAUACUUUGAAUGGUGGAAAAGAUGAUGCUCAUAUCUUUGCACCCAACUUUGGCCAGAGGGUAUGCCUUAGUACAGUAUAUGAGGAAGAGGGAGAAGGAGAUGAAGACAAAGGGGGUGAUGAGGAAGUAGAGAAAGAAGUGAUAGAAGAAACCAAGGUAUGUAGUGUUGAAAAGCCAAGUGCUGAAGGCUCCUUGGCAAUAUUAAAUCUGUCGAACACAAGUCCAAAGAAAGACGAUUGUUGUAUCAAUGUGGAUGACAAGGAUCUUGGGCCCUCUAGACUACUGAGAAUUCAAAACAUAUUCACUCUUUGUGGCAACCAAAGAGAGCUGUCCCAGCACAUUGGAACUCCACUUCCCACAAAAAAGAGAACCGGUGAAAAUUUCGAGUUUUCUCCUGCCAAGACAAUUGACAAGGAUUCCGUUUUCAAGAUCUCUAACAAGGAGAACUUCGAGCCACAAAAUGUUCUGGGAAAUUAGCUUCCGAUUGUGUUUGUACAACAUAUGAUGUUUCCUCCUGGAAACGUGACUACAUUAUCUAACCUUAGUAUUACUUCUGUCUUUUUGCGGUUUUCAUCGGUCUGUAGCUGUGUACAACUUUGUUCUAUAAGUAGUAUAUAUAUGUCUCCCAUUCUUUGUGUUAUU